AUGUGUAUAUUCAAUAACGGCAGCACGACUCAUUCUUCUGCUAUCAAUGAAGAUAAUGAUAAUAAUAUCGAUCAUCUUUAUCAAGAAAAUAACAAUAAUUCGAAUAAUGUUGGUAUUUCAACAUCACCACAACAAGAAACACAUUCUUCGCAAGAGGUUGUUAACGAAGGGCCUGAUCAGCUCAAUCCGAUAACAAACCAAAUAAUAGAUGAUGUGGCUUUAAAUCGAUUAAAUCCUCGUGAUUCAUCGGCAGAAUCCGAUGUAUUAGAUAUGGGUAUGGCAGAUGUCCAUUCGGAUUCACUUAUUCAAGGAUUCAUAGCACAGCGUAAUGCACCAUCCAAUGAUCGUAUUACACAUCCAUCGGAUGCUUUUAUUGGUCUUCUUGUCAAUCUUCUGCACGCACUAAUCAUGUGUCAGUUCGAUCAUAUACGAUAUGGCAUUCAAGAUUCACAACCGCAUUCAUUGGAAUUACCUAUUCGUAUUAAUACAUUUCGUGAAGCUAUUAUUAUCUACGACGAAAACAAUGCUGUGAAUAUAGAUGCAACACUUCCAAAUAAUAUCAUUGAAGACGAAAAUAUGGAUUCCACAAUAAAUCUUGAAUGGCAUGACACGACAGUUAUUAGAGAAAGCAUUGGAGAAGAAGAAAUCGGCGAAACAGCAGACGAAGCUGAAGAGAAUGACUAUUCAGACAUCGACGAUGAUCAAGAAGAAAUGAUGGAAUAUAAUCAUGCAAUUAACCGUGAACAUCGAGAUAAUUUACCGAGUGAAAAAAAUGCAGAAGGUAAAACAUCACCGUCUACGGAAAAUCCUAAUCUCAAUGAAAUUCGAAGUAAUUCAACAGCCCAUAUAUCACCAGCAGCACUUACAAGUAGAUCAUCGUCGAUGAAUGAAUCAUCGGAACCAGCACAAGAAAUCGUGCCUGUCUUAGCUACACCUACUGACAAUGCUACUCAUGUUUUGCCUACGGAUACCAAUGAAUCGGAAUUAAAUACAGGUAUCCGAAAACACGAUAGGCCCUUUGGUGGAAAUACACAGCAUGGUGAAGAAAGACCAGUUUAA